AGCGCGGCGCCGGAAGGGGCGGGGUUUGCGCCAUCAUGGCGGCGCCCGAGGAGGAAGCGGCGGCGGCGGCCGAGGCGGGGGAUGGAAACGGGGACGGGGACGAAGCGGCGCUGAAACGGCUGGAGGAACUGGUAAAAGAACUGUACAACUACCGGGAUCGCCUCCCGCAGGGUGAGAACCCUGACCCCGCCGCUAACGAACCCGGAGCGGCGCUUGCGGAGGAGAUGGAAAAAACGCUGCGGCUGAUGGAGGAGGUGCACGUCUCUCCUCAGGGUAGGGGGCGGGCCUUACUGCUCCGGGCUCAGGCAUUGGGUGUCAGCCCGGAAGGCGGGAUAAGGGCGGAACAAACCCUCAGCCGGGCUGUAAAACUCGAACCGGGAUUGGUCCCAGCCUGGACGCGAUUGGGCGAGGAGCUUUGGAGGCGGGGCGAACUCGACCGCGCCCGCGCCUGUUUCGCCGGUGCAUUGGCUCACGGGGAGGACGCGGAAGCGCGGCGGCUGCUGUCCAUGGCGCUGCGGGCGGGGGGGGACCUGCGCGAGGGGCUGGCGCAGGCCGAGGCCGCCGUGCGCUGCGCGCCCAACGACGGGCGCUCCUGGUACGUGCUGGGCAACGCCUACGUGUCGCUGUUCUUCGCCGGGGGGCAGAGCCCCGAGGCCGCGCGCAGGGCGCUGGGAGCCUACGCCCAGGCCGAACGAGUGGACCCCGAAGCGACCAAUAACCCCGACCUGCACCUCAACCGCGCCACCCUGCUGCAGUACCAGGAGCGAUUCGGGGCGGCGCUGGAAGGGUUGGGCAGGGCGGCGGCUUUGGCCCCCGAGUGGGAGGAGCCUCGGCGGCGCCACGCCCAGCUGCUCGAUUUCCUGACCCGCCUCUGCGGCCUGCUGGCCAAUCGGGGAAAGCUGCGCGGCAAACGCCGGCGGGGAUUGGAGGGGCCAGUUUCUCCCGCCCACCUCGGUUCAUUGGCCGGGCCGGGAGGGCCACGCCCCUCCUCCAUCCUAUCCCUCCGUCCCGGACCCAACCCUCGCCGCGUCCUAUUGGGCCGCGUCAUCUUCAGCCUCACUCCGGAAGACGGCGUGCCCUACACGGUGGGCGUGGCCGACGGGACGGGGGCGGUGGCGGCCGUCACCGUGUACAACGCGGCGCCCAGCUGGGGGGUGCUGGUGGGGGACGCCCUGGCCGUGCCCGAUCCCCACCUCUGCCUGCACCAGCACCAGCACCAGGGCAAGAGCUUCUCCUUCUCGGGGCUGCGGGUCCCGUCCCCGCUGGCGCUGUUGGUCAAUGGGCGCCGCCCCCCCGGCCCCGCCCUGGCCCCCGCCCGCCUGGCGCUGCGCACCGCCCCCGGCCCCGCCGGCCAAUCACAGCCCGCGCCGCCCCGCUGAGCCCCGCCCCCCCGCCAAAUAUGGGCAAAUUAA